UCACUCUCCCCUUCUCAUUUUAUGUUCUUCUUUUCACCCUUCACAUUCUAAUAAUCAACCACUUUCCUCUGCUACCCUCCCCUGCAUUUCAAUUUUUUCUUGUUUUUAAUUAAACAAUGUCUUGCAUAGAGUUAGAACUCUCUAAAGAGAACAAGUUCAAAGAAGAAACAGAAUCAGAAGAAUUGACUCUUGAUGGAAGUGUUGAUUUGAAUGGUCAUCCAGCAAUCAGAACCAAAUCUGGAAGAUGGGCUGCUGCAAUCAUCAUACUUUUGAACCAAGGCCUGGCAACUCUUGCAUUCUUUGGGAUUGGAGUGAACCUAGUGCUAUUCCUGACAAGGGUGGUAGGGCAAAAUAAUGCAGAAGCCGCGAAUAACGUGAGCAAGUGGACCGGAACUGUUUAUAUCUUCUCUCUUGUGGGAGCUUUCCUUAGUGAUUCAUAUUGGGGAAGAUAUAAAACAUGUGCCGUCUUUCAGGUCAUUUUUGUAAUUGGUCUAAUGUCCUUAUCCUUGUCAUCAUACCUCUUCUUGCUUAAACCAAAAGGUUGUGGGAGUGAAUUAAUUCAAUGUGGAAAACAUUCAAGUUUGGAGAUGGGGAUGUUCUACCUCUCAAUCUAUCUUAUUGCCUUGGGGAAUGGAGGUUACCAACCAAAUAUCGCCACAUUCGGGGCUGAUCAGUUUGACGAGGAGCACUCGAAGGAGGGUCACUCGAAGGUUGCCUUCUUUAGCUACUUCUACCUAGCUUUGAACAUUGGACAACUCUUUUCAAACACCAUUCUCGUCUACUUCGAGGAUGAAGGAAUGUGGGCUCUUGGUUUCUGGCUGUCUGCAGGCUGUGCCUUUGCUGCGCUGAUAUUGUUUCUUGUAGGCACCCCAAGGUACCGACACUUCAAGCCGAGUGGCAACCCUCUCUCCAGGUUCUGCCAAGUCCUUGUUGCUGCAUCAAGGAAGGUGAGGGUUGAAAUGCCAUCAAACGGAGAGGACUUGUAUAAAAUGGAUGCGAAGGAGUCUUCCACCAGUGUGAACAGAAAAAUCCUCCACACACACGGGUUCAAGUUCUUGGAUAGGGCAGCGUUUAUAUCUUCAAGAGAUCUUGAUAACCAAAAAGGCGCACAUUACAACCCAUGGCGUCUCUGUCCUGUAAGUCAAGUCGAAGAAGUGAAGUGCAUACUGAGACUCCUUCCAAUUUGGCUCUGCACCAUAAUAUAUUCGGUGGUUUUCACACAAAUGGCUUCUCUUUUUGUGGAGCAAGGUGCUGCCAUGAAAACCACUGUUUCCGGUUUCAGUGUACCACCAGCUAGCAUGUCUAGCUUCGAUAUCAUCAGCGUAGCAGUCUUCAUUUUCUUUUACCGUCGCAUUCUUGAUCCAUUUGUCGGAAAACUUAAAAAGUCGGAUUCUAAGGGACUUACGGAGCUUCAGAGAAUGGGAGUUGGACUUGUUAUAGCCGUAAUUGCAAUGGUCUCAGCUGGAAUAGUUGAAUCCUAUAGGCUUAAACAUGCAAACCAACAAUGCACCCACUGCAAAGAAUCGAGCACUUUGAGUAUCUUCUGGCAAAUUCCUCAGUACGCAUUUAUAGGAGCUUCCGAGGUGUUUAUGUAUGUAGGACAGUUAGAGUUCUUCAACGCUCAAACACCAGACGGCUUAAAGAGCUUCGGAAGUGCACUUUGCAUGACAUCCAUUUCCCUUGGCAACUAUGUAAGUAGCUUACUUGUUAGUAUAGUUAUGAAGAUCUCUACUGAGGAUCACAUGCCGGGGUGGAUCCCAGGUAACCUCAAUAAAGGUCACCUGGAUAGGUUUUACUUCCUCUUAGCAGCCUUGACAUCAAUGGACUUGAUCGCCUAUAUUGCAUGUGCAAAGUGGUACAAGAGUAUACAGCUCGGUGGGAAAAGCGAAGAGAACGGCGAGCCAGGUAGCUUCAUAGUCUAAUUUGUAAGGGGAAUAAUUCAAAGUCAAUGUUAAUAAGAGAAAGAAGGAGCAACUGGUAGAAAUAAUCUUGAUUAUGUUUUCCAUUGGAAGAAAUGUUUUGCCGGUUUGCGGAAAGAAAAGCCCUUCUUACACGAGUCUCUCUGAUUCUCUUGCAACUUUAGUUUGUAUUUAUGACACCACCGGAUUUUCAGUUUAUGUUCUUCAAGCCCAGUUGUGUAAACCAAACUUCAAUGAGACAAUGACUGUUUUAGGGUCCUAAGAAACCUCCCUCCUUUUCCCAUUUGUAAGUUCCAUUGAUAAAUAUUGAGUUAAAUAUGUUGUUUGGAUUUCCAACUGUGAUGUCUCCUUAUUGUAUGGGACAAUGAACCAACGAAAACUCGAACCGGAAGCAUACCCAUAGUCAUUCCUACUGUAUAGUGGAUUGGCAAAGAAUUCUGCAUAAGAUCACUUAGGAAGAAUAAAGCACUAAAUUAUACUUC